AUGCCUUACGAGUAUAAGAGUUCCGGCACUAAUAGUCAGGGCAACCAUUAUUGCUCUCGUGACUACGGUUCUGGUGCCUCCAACUCAAACGCCUACCACUACUCCAACGCGAACGGGUCGUAUUACUACUCUAACCCCAACGGUAGUAAAUACUACAACGAUGGACAAGGAGGCUCCACCUACACCCCUCCCAGCAGUGGCAGUGGUAGUGGAAGCGGAGGCGGCAGCGUCAGCGGCAGCGGCAGCGGCAGCAAGAAAUAA